GCAUUUUCAGUUAACCGAAGAUCAUUCUUGAGGAAGCACUCAUCGCGGUUCCGAAAAAUGUUGCAAACAUUAGUGAUUUUGGGGGCUGUUUUUACCUUUCUUUUGGUGAUUUGGAGAUGGAAUUACAAUUUCUGGGCAAAACGACGUAUCGGAGGACCUAAACCUACCCUCCUUCUAGGGAAUUUUCCCAAUUAUUUUAAAAGAAACUUCAUCUAUGAUUUGGAUGAUAUCUACAAACAAUACAGAGGAGGAUGCCCAUUUGUUGGGAUUUAUGCUAUUAGAACACCGAGAGCCUUCGUUACUGAUCCCGAAUUUUCAAAGCGAAUUAUGACCUCGAAUUUCCGACAAUUCCACAAUAAUGAAGUGGUUGAAAUGAUUAAUUUAAAAUCCGAUCCAAUUGUUGGACUCAAUCCCUUUUGGAUGCCCUAUGAAGAGUGGAAGGGUCUAAGGCAGGAAAUAGCUCCAGCUUUUAGCAAUAUUCGCGUUAAAUCUCAAUUCCCAAUAAUUGAAUCUUCUUGCGAGAAAAUGGUGAAUUACCUGAAGAAUCGUACAAAAUCUCAUGGAUCUUCUAUCAAAGUCUCAGAUAUCUCCCGCCGUUAUACAAAUGAGAAUCUAAUGAAUUGUAUUUUUGGAAUAGAAGCGCACGCCUUUGAAAGUGAAAAUCCGAACUCAUUGCAAUUCUUCAUUGAUUGCCUGAGUGAAUUUGAGAAGAACAACAAGUUCUUCCUAUCGGGCUUUAUUUUUCCCCUAUUUAAGCGUCUCUACAAAUACAGGCUGCUCAAUCCAAAAGUUCGAAAGUAUCUAGAAGAUAUGCUUAUGCACGGAAUUGCCUUUAGAAAGGAAUCUCCUGGUAGUCGAGAUGAUUUUCUUGCAUUCCUAAUGCAACUUCAGGAAAAGAAGGGAUCUUCAACUAAUGAAAUGGUUGCUCAUGCUCUAACAUUCAUCCUUGAUGGUUUUGAAACAUCGGCCAUUGUACUGGAUUGGAUAUUUUACCAAUUAGCCAGAGACAGGCGUGUGCAAGACAAAUUGCGAAGAAUCAUUGAGGAGGAAUUGAAGAAUAACGGGGGAAAGUUUACCUUUGAAACUUUAAGUGAACUUCCUUACCUGGAUCAAGUUAUUAAUGAAACUAUGAGGCUCAAUCCACCAAUUCUCUUCUUCAUGAAACAAUGCAAUGAAUCCCUUGAAGUCCCUUUCAAUAACGGGGAGGAUGUAAAAACCUUCCCCAAAGGCGUAACAGCUAUCAUGUCAAUGUAUUCCCUCGGACGUGAUCCUAUCCUUUACGAAAAUCCUGAUAGUUUUUACCCAGAAAGAUUCGACGAUGGUGCCAUUAAGGACUACAAGGAUAAAGGAGUUUUCGUACCUUUUGGCGAUGGACCAAGAAUUUGUAUCGGAAUGAGAUUCGCUAUUGCUCAGAUUAAAGCCGCAACUGCAGAGGUUGUAAGGAAUUUCAAUCUCACGCUUAGUCCAGGAAUGUCUAGAGACUUGAAAUUAACGAAAUCAUUUUUUGGUGUACCCGAAAACGAGAUUUCCGUUGAUUUUAAUCUUGUGCACGAGUAGUGAACUACGUUUUGUGACUUUUUUUGUAAUUGAUCUGUACCUACGUAUUCAAGAGCAAACUGAAAAUUCGUAAGUUGGGCAAUAGAAUAAAAAUUUCUGUUCUAAUAUCAAA